AUGGCUGCACAGAACGUGAGUAACUCCAACGGUGUUAUGAGCAGUGAUGAUUCUUUUGAUAUUGUCAUCACUGACAAGUCAACCAGUACUGCAAUGAGUCCAAACAUGGAAAAUGCUUCAUCUUUAGAUUCUGCUCUUAUGGCUCCCACAACGGCAAAUGCAACUGUGAGAACAAGACGCAGUGCUGGCACGACUAAAAAGACAAGUGUUUUUCAAUUAGUGAAAACAAAAAAUUCAUCAUCCUCUUCGAAUGGGUUGAACAACUCAGCAACAUCAACAUUAUCGGGUAGUAUUCAUAUGAAUGGAAUGAAACACAAUAGUGGACUUUCAGAUAGUAACAGUUUUCAUAAUGUGAAUUUACAAGGUGACACCCCGGAAAUGAAUGGCAGUGACAUGGUGACCGAUUUGGAAAAACAGCCAAUCGUGUUACCUAAAAUCGAUCUCAAUCGAAACAUGGACCUUUUUACGAACCCAAAAUCAUCGACAGAAAGUGUAAAUAAUUUCUCGAGAAACACGAACACAAUGGAAUUCUCGAGAAACACGAACACAAUGGAAGAGUCUCCUAUACGAGAGGAUUCCGAUAAAAAACAAAUGAGAAAAAGAAUAAUAUUUCAACUGAGACGAAUUAUUCAUCAAAUUAGGCAUUGGUGGUCCAUCAAAGCCAUCAAAUAUGCCUGCAUGACAGUGACAGCCAUUAUUGCCUUAUUUUUUAUCAUGACACUACUUGGUAUUUCUUUUGGAGGAAGCAAAACAUCAACCAUGGUUGACAAGAACACAGCAGCAACAACAACAAAUAAUGAAGAAAAAACUGUCACCUGGAUGGAAACUUUGGCUAGUUUCUUCUCCUCGCAGAGUGCAGAGCCACCACAACCAGAAGAAAAAAUUUUAACACUAUCGCCGGACCAAUACAAGACAAAUAUUGAGCAAUAUUUGGCUAAAUCUAAACCAAUAAUUUUGAAAAAGUUUAGUAGCAAAUGGAUUGCAUCUUCGACUUGGAGUAAGGAAUUUAUUACCAAUCAAGAAUUUGAAAAGAGAUUGAAGAGGCUGAAGAAAGAUCUUUCCAAGUGGGCAAAGAAGAAAAAGAUUUCUCUCUCUAUUGCUCCAUUGGAUGCCCUUUCUAGAUCAUUCUACCGACUUCCAUUUAUUGCUUCAAUGAAAGAGCACGAAUUUGAAUAUGACUUUCCUCAGAAUUUGGAUCAAUUCGCAACUUUCAAAAAAGUAUUUUCCGAAAUUUGGUUUACCAAAAGAACCAAGAAGGGAAGUCCUUUUAAUUUUGGAAGAAACGAAAAUAUCAACAAAUUCGUGAUUUGCGUCAUCGACUCUGAUUCCCCAAUCAAAGUAUCCUUGACAUCUCCUCAGAAAGAAUUGACAGACACUGAGGUCAAGAAGACUGAUUGCAUCUUUAUUCCUUCUGCAUGGAGCUUUCAAUUCAGUGAUGUCACGAACGGUAAAUUUGUGACAUGGAUUUUUGAAUAA